AGGUCACAUAUCAUCACAUAUCGCAUAUUGACUGACUGAUACGUGCUGGUGCUGGUGCCGAUGCUGAUACUGAUGCUAAUGCUGGUGCUGGCCACGGCAUUUCAAAAGAUCAAAAGCGGUAAUAGAUCAAUUAAUACCUCAUAUGCCAAUUGCAACUUUUAGGCCAUUUCAGCUGGGCAUGAUCGGAAUAUUGGUAUUCUGAUGCAACUCCAACCGCCAAAUACUGUCACCCCUGUGGAAGUAAAAGUCCUCCAAGGAAAUCCCAAAGGUCAAUAUCAUUCAUUGAUCAUCUUAAAUCUUAUAUCUCGAGGUUUAACUUAACGCAAUAAAGUUAUCGAUCAUUCUAUCUUACUUUUACCUUUUGUUCAAUCCCUACCACCAAGUACCUACUUACCUACCUACCAUCAAAACUGCAUACACGAGGUACGCCACGUCUUCCUUAUUCGGAUGACAAUUAAUCUGGCAAUCAUUUCCAAUCUGUCUCCAUGGCCUUUUCUUUGCAAACACAAGUGUUGGUUGACGGACAAUGGGUCACCAGGACUAUCGAUACCCAUACACUGCUUCAACACCAGAAUCGAAUGGAUGAUACGGCAGUUGAAAAUACCAUGGAAACGAUACGUCCUCCGGUCCGUGGUGUCUUAACGCAAACCAUUGUCCCAAGUCCGCUGGUACAUUGGAUCCUCCCCAUCAGACUUCGAGGUCAGGAGUAUAAUGACGUAGCGUUUAUUGGCGUAAGUAGUAUCAUUACUAAAAAGGAGUCUGGUGAUGUAUAUCUUUGUUUUGGGCGACGGCUAACGAGCUUAGGAUACAUUUGUUGAGAUUAGACGACUUGGACUUGGCCCCCAUCUCUAUGAAGUUAUCCGGAAAGACGACUUCGGGUCCAGAAUUCGCAAUGCAAGCGUCCUUGGAUCGCUUGAGGACUAUGAAAAGGACCAAAUUCGUAUCAAAGAGGAGUCCGAAGAUGUUGAUAUGAUCAACUCUUCAGCGUCGCCAGACAGUCCGCCAUCUCCCAGUGUAUCCCUACCGCCUCAAAUUCUGGUUUUACAGCUUGAGGAGGAUACGUCUGGUGUAUGCGUCUUCUUGAUGCUACAUCAGUCAAAUGACGGAUCCUGGAAAUUCAUCUCUAGUAGACGACGGUUAUCCAAGGCGAUGAAUAAGCUUCAACCUGGAACGCAUCUGUCUAUUGACCCCAGUUCAAGAUAUAUGGCCGUAGGUGGUUCUGAGCAAUGUUUUACAAUCCAGGCUUUCAAUACGAGAACGGAGCUGAAUCGCCAAUGCGCCAAUGGCGAAGAACUCCGAUUUAUAGAGUCUGAGAAAAUCGUCAUAUGUACAGGUGCUAUAUUGAAACUGGUUUUCCUCCACCCCCCGGCGGGAUCUGAUGAUGAUAUUAUCCUGCUCUUGAUAGCAACCUCGAAUGGCAAAAUAAGAAUGAGACUAUAUUCAUGGAGAGCUGGAGAUCCCUUGUCAACCGUUAAAACCCGAAAUUCUAGCAAGAAAGGUUAUGUAUUAGACGAUAUUCCUCUGCUAGUGAUACCGUUGCGCUUUCAAACAGCAUUCUUUUUAGUCAAUAAGCAUUGGAUGGCGGUUUACAAAGGAAUUUUGGAAGGUGCGCCUGAAUGCAUAGUAAUUGAUUCCACUCCGAAGGCCCCUCUCAAGCUUUAUCAAGGCUCGGAUACACCUUUAUGGACGGCCUGGGCUAAGCCAACCCGUUUGCCCUAUCACACGGCGCAACAUGACGAUAUCUAUCUCGCUAGAGAGGAUGGGUGGAUCUGUCUAUUGGAGAUUAGCCUUGAAAACGGAGAGCCUGAUUUCACUCCGACCAUAACCGACGUUGGAGAGAUGCAAUGCAAUAUCGGACAAGCCUUUGCAUGUGCAGACUAUUCGCUCUGUUCGGAUUCUCAACCUCAAGGUGAUGUACUUGUCUCUGGUGGUGAAGCUAGCAUGGGAGGAACUUAUUUAGUGAGUAAAUCUCGUUGUGCAGUGCCAGAUUUUGUUUCACUGGCAGCGUGUACGGGAAUUCGCCGCGCAAGUUAAUAACCCUUCGUCAUAAUAGAAUGCAGCACGAGCACAGCCCAAUGUUAAAAAAGACACACAAAAUUGGUCGCCGGCUAUGGAUCUUGUGGCGGUAAGUAACAACUCGAAACCUAACCUAGACAUCAAUACCAGACCGCAGAGUUUUGUUCCCAUACCAGAUUCGAUAUUUGUUUGUAGCGGAAAAGGAGAAUUGUCUUCCAUAACGGAGUUGAGAUAUGGGAUUGAAGCUAUUCUUGGCUUGGAUCUUGAGUUUCAUUCUGCGGUUACAAAAGCAUGGAUUUUACCUUCAGAGGUAUACUCUGGCUUAGUUGGUGGUGAUGAUUGGAUACUGCUCUCGCUCGAUGAUCGAUCAGCCGUCUUACAGGUUUCUCUAGACCGUACAAAUGCCGAGGAACUUGACCCAAGUCGCACCCAAUUAGAUUUGACUAGUCGGACUAUUGUUACCGACAUCAGUGGAAAUCGCGCGAUACAAGUAACAGAACAAUCUGUUGUUAUUCUUGACUCGGGUCGUUGGUACGUCUUUCUUUUCAUAUGAUGGUUUGAUCUGAUAUCAUUUUAUCGAUGUGGUAACUGAACUAACAGUACCCAUAGCAUCACGCUAGAUGGUCUGGAUAUGAUGGGCUUCCCUCAAGCCUCAUCUAUUUCAUCAUCAUUCAUCAACGAUGCUGUUAUCUGCAAUGGAAAGGUAUUAUUUACAACCUAUCAAAAAGAGCAGCGUCUGCUUCGUGCACUUGAUGCUGCCUUCGAUAACAGCACAUCGCCGCCUACGAUCUUGUAUGCCCCUAAAACAAUCAGUAGCUGGACAAGAGAUGGCGGAGAAGUAACAUGUAUUGCAAAGUGUGUAGACCCGCAAUAUCACCAGGAUCUUGUUAUUGCUGGAGAAAGAAAGGACGCAGACAUUUUCUUGUUAUUCAUUACGCAAGAAGAAUUUCAUUUGCGUGUACCUAUCGUUUACGAAGGAUGUAGCUAUGAUCUUCGAGCACUGGGCAGUAUCAUUGUUAUACCCUCCCAAACUCCCAAUAACUUCACAAUCUUGUGUGGAACACUCACUGGUCUAGUUAUUUCCUUGGAAAUUGUUAAAAGCGGACGGAAUUUCCAUAUUGGCCGGUCGCGCUGUGAUAGAUUUGGAGGUAGUGUGGCAACCUUAACAAAUGGAGAUCAAGCUGGAGAUUCUAAGUGCUUGUUCGUAAAUUGUGACGAAAAUAUCUUCAAAAUAUCUCUAUAUAUUUUGAGCACUCACGGAAGAGCUCCGAAAAAAAGGACAACGAGAAUGAAUAUGAAAGCAGAUCAAAUUUGGCUGGUAGAUGAACUGAAUACUACCCUACAACAGCCGAACAUCAACUUCAUACUACCCCUCACGUCUGAAUCAUCAGCUGAUAACGAUCUCCUCCUGAUAUCACACAAUCGACUUCUCUUUGCAAGAAUGGGGAUGAAACGGAAAACAGUUCCUCGCCGCAUCCCCAUUAGAGGAACUCCAUAUCGAAUUAUUCAUUCAGAUUCCCGCAAUGCUUUUGUAGUGGGUGCUUCUAUAGAUGGCAGAAGCACACUCUACUUUGUAGACCCCAAGAGUGGCGACAAUUUAUCUGAUCCAAGAGACGGCAAGCGUGGCGCGCAAGUAAACUUUGUUGCUGGAUUGGGUCGUUUUGAUGACAAGAUUCUUUGCAUUUAUGAGUGGUUAUAUUCUCAUGAUCCUUACACUUGGAACUUUCUCGUCGUUUGUACCAGUGGAGGUAGGGUUUUGAUUAUUUCCACCAACAGUGACGAUUCCUCCGUCGCAUUAUCCGGUAGAAGCAAGAUAUCCUUUUGGACAGUGACCCAGUUUAAGCACUUCACUUCUGUUUAUUCAGUUGUUGGAGAUUCAGAAGGAUUGUACUACUGUGCUCAAAGAGGCAACGAAGUUAAAUUGUACUACAGUAUGCUGAACAAGGAAGAUAAGAAGUUUGACCAAUUCCCGGCAGAAGCAAAGCUACUAUCGCCAGCAAUCUCACUAUCUUAUGAUUCUGGAAAGAUAUAUGCUCUCACCAGACAUCAUUCCCUCCAGAUCUUGGAGGUGAUCAAAAUUAAUGGAUUAGUCCAUCUUCGUCAUACACAUACUGAUCAGUUUCAACAUGAAUCUCUGCACCACUUAAUAGGUAGACCAAAUAUAUUCGGGGGACUCGAUGAAAGUCGCAUUAAUAUGGUGUCGGACAGGUCGAAGUUUGUCGUUGGUUUGUGUGCUAGUUCAGACAUGAAAGUUGAUACACUAGACACCAUAUUCGAAGCACAACUACCAGCUUCUGUAGUCCGAUUCCGAUCUGCGAAUUGCCGUCCAGUCUGGGAUUCAAGCUGGAAGGUUCAUAAAGCUGAGGAUUCUGUUGUGGACCCCACCGGCCUUCGCAGUCUUGGUGCUAUUCACAAUGACGAGAUGAACUCAGAGACUUUAGGAUUGGGGAUUGAUGGGUCCUUAUACCAUUUCACCAUACUUGAUAUUCGAGCAUGGCAAUUUCUCAAAUUUGUAGCCAAUCUUGCAAGGAGUUCGGGAAUAGUUGGUGGACGCCCGUGGGAGGGAUUGACCGAAUUAGAACCCAAACAGGAUCCGAAACAUAUGCAAGUGGAUGGCGAUAUUCUAAGGAGACUUAUAGAGAACGAAAAACUCGAGGAGUUGUUCAGAAUCGGUCAGCAUCAAACGGACGAAAAUAAGAGGGAAUUCAAAAGUUUUUGCAUGCUCCUCGAGAUGAUGCAUGAAGGAAAAUUGGAGACUAGUGAUGACCCAUUUGUCUAUAUAGAGCAGGCUUAUGAUGAUCUGGAGGCCUUUUUGAGGCCAGUGAUGUGAUGGAUGGAUAGCUGAAUCUUCUUGUGAACUGUGGGACUUUUGAACUGGAUUGGGUUGAAUCAAAAGCAUUGGAAGGGAAAACUAUGGAAGCAUAUCAGGCUUACAUGGUGGAAGGAACAGGUCAUGAUUAUGAAUAACGUAAAUUAACGAGUGUUACAUGUCAUCCGAUUCAGAAAAUGCAGAAGACAAGUAUCCCUCGUUAUAGUAUUGUCGACAUUUUUAAAUAGAGUAAUGGGAGCAGAAAUGAUUAACCGGAGGCAGAGGUAAUAAUAAGGUUCAAGGGUUCACUUUAAGAUGAACUUAUUAUACUACGACUCCUAAAGUCACAAUUCAUAUCAAAAACCAUACAUAGAGACUGUAAUGCCAAGAAUCCGAGAA